CAAAAAUUAAGCAUGUAAUGACCACAUUACCCCGCCCCACCAAAAGUCGGUGAGUCCUAAAUCGGCGCCGGUGGUGCGGAAGUAAGCGCUUUCCCAAUUUUCUCAAUUUUUCAUUUCUGCAAAUUCCCUCAAACGUUUACUUCCACCGAAGACCUCGUCGAUCACCAAUCCAUCAAUUUGAGUCGAAGAGAGAAGAAACAAAUCGUGAGUGGAAUUUUGUUUGUUUGUUUGUUUGUUUGUUUUUUCUUUGUGAAUCCGUAGUUUGCUCCAUAAAUUUAGUUAGGGUUUAGUUUUCCGUCAGUGGAAUUGCUGCUUCGAUUAUAAAGUUAUUAAUUGCUUUCUCCAGUUUUCAGAACUGAAUUCAAAUCAAUUUUUGUUCUAUACUCUUUGCUCUGAUCGGAAAUUACUUUUGGGCACAGACGAAAGACAACAAUGGCGGAUUCUGCAAGGGAACAGUCAGUGAUGGCAGUUAUAAAGUCAGCUAGGCCUUCCUUUCGCAACGAUCAUGAUAAGGUCGUCUUCGCUGUUCACGCUUGUUUUAUCGCCUCCGGCUUUGAUCUUCAUGCCACCGGUCAACCCGCUUUCGCCGACGACAUUCUAUCUUCCACCUCUACUGAAGAAGUUGGCAUCGACGGGUGGAACCAGUUCGAUGAUAGUUAUGCCUUUUUAUAUUCCAAGCCUGACCUGAGCUCCAAAAAAGUUCUAGUAAAAUGUCUACCAAUGGAUGACAAAUUGUUCGUUGAUGCUGUAAGAGAAGGUGAUUCUGAGGAACCUGCCCAUCUCGAAAUUAACGUUGGUGAUUAUGCAGCUGCCAAUGGAGGGAACAAUAAUAAUUACGCGUCAAUGUUCAAAAAUUUUGGGAAGCUGGUGAGAUGUGUUGAUAAAGAAAUUGUAGGAAAAUUUAGUGGCUGUUCAACUGCGAGCUCUUCCAGUCAAAAGCCAAGUUCAGAAAGUAAGGGUGCGGUUGAAGGAGAUUCCAGGCAACCUAAUCCUCUGGUUCCUGACGUUGAUGACCCGUAUGGAGUCGAUCCCCCUUUUCCAGGUUAUGUUGUCCCUCCUAUACCUGGAUUUGGGUUUGAUGACCGCUUUCCUGGGCCUCCUGCUGGAGCGUACCCCAAUAGGGGCGAACUUGGUCAACCUGGUGGAAUGCUCAUAGGUCCGAAUGAUCCUCGGUUUCAUUUUGGAGAUCCUCUCGUACCUAGAGAAUCACAGCCUAGGGGUAUACCUCCUGGUGCUCGAUUUGAUCCCUAUGGUCCUCCAGGUGUCCCCGGAUUUGAUCCGAAUCGCUUCACCAGGGGUCCCAGGAGGCCUGGAGAUAGGACACAUCCAGAUUUAGAGCCAUUUCGGGAUGGCUCAGAUUUCAUAUAGUUUUGAAAUUUUAAGGCUAGUUUUUGUACUCCUCCUUGUUUGUUCCCUUCUUCCGAGGAUUAUCUCCGCUGCUAUGUAAGCCUUACAUUGUGAUGUGUUUCCAUCUCCCUAGCCUUGCUUCUGGAGGAACAUACAUGUAAAUAAAGUUGGGCUAGUUUUUUUUUAAUCUUUUUGUUCUUCGAAAUUUGAUUGCUGUUGAGGAUCUGCUGAUUCUAGAAGUCAGCUGUGUUGAUUAGUCGUCUGUGCUUGAUGUUCCUCAAUGUUUAUUUGUUGGAAGAAGUUAUAGGAAGAUUCUUCUUGCGUGCAGAGGGAGUAUUCGAUCUAUUAUUGUGUUACAAUUUUAGGAUGGAAAACAAUCAUUCAAAUCAUUCCUAGUCGUGAGUCGUGACAUUAUGUGGAAAUCAACAAUUUUUUAUUUUUAUUUUUUUUAAAACAAAAUUCUAUUUGCUCUGGAA